AUGACUUCAACAACUACUGACACCGCAAUAAGCAAUACCAGUAACAAUAAGGAUAAUAUGAAUGAUGAAAUGUUAGUUUUUGAAAAUGAAAUACCACAAAACUUGCAACAAAAAGAUAAUGAUAUUAAAAAUAUUGUUGAAAAAAAAUCAUGCAAUACAAGUACAAAUCUAAUACCAAAUAUUAAUAAUAAUGAUAUUCCUAAAAUUACCAAUACUAAUGAUAUUAAUAAAAAUAAUUGUUCAACUACUUCAUGUAUAACAAAUUUAAAUAGUUCCAAUGUAACAACAACAACAGAUAUUAAUCAAAUUGAUUUAUUGAAUUCAAGUAUAUGUUCAUUUGAAUCUCAUAUAAGUCUUGUAAAUGGUAAUAAUAAACGUAUUAUUGAACAAUCUAAUAUUACAAUGACCGGAACAAAUACAAAUGGUCUUGCAAUAACAACAGAACAAACAACAACAACAACAUCAACAGGAAUAUCAAAUCAAAGAAAAUCAUUUACGUCAUCAAAAAUAAUGAAAUCAAAUACAAAUCUAUCAAAUUUCUAUGACAAUCGCUAUCAUCCACCACAAUAUACAGCAAUAUAUUUUGAUACAAUUCCUAAUACAACAAAUCCUAAUACAAAUUUAGGUAUUAGAAGGGGUGAUGGUGGUGGUGGUAACGGUAUGGGAAUUGGUAUUGGUAAUAUUACACAACAACAUUAUAACAAUAGUGAUCUUGCAAAUAAUAUUGAAAUUAUUAAUGAUGUUAUUGGAAAUGAUAGUAACCAAUAUGGUGGUACUACCAAUAAUAAUAAUAACAAUGUUGGUACCAAUAGAAUUGAUAGUAACAGGGCUAUUGGAACUGUUGAUAUUAUACAAAGACGUCGACGUGGUAUAGGAUGUUUUCGUCAAUGGUUUACACGUCCAUCUUUACCAUUUAUUAUUGGAAUAUUAGCAUUAGGAGGUGUUGCAUGCACAUUAGGUGUGCUGCAUUAUUAA